CCCGAAACCGUCGAUGAAUAUCACACCCACAUCCCAGACUAAGGCACCCACCGCCCCUUAGCGAUCGUGUCCCACCCCUGUCUGUAGUCAUACGUCUGCUUGUGCGCUUCGGCAAUGCACUCGACCACCAGCCCGCCGAUCUUGCGGGGCAGCCUCUCGAAAAGGAGGGACUCCCAGGCCUCCCUCUUCUCCCUCACCACCUCCUUCGCCAGCGAAUGUAUCAUCUUCUGCUUCGGGAAGCCCUGGCUGUCCAGCAGGUCUGGCUUGAGGUCCAGCACGAACACGGCCACGGCAAUGGUCCAAUCCCCGAUGCGCGAGUACAGCGCCUCGAGGAUGGCCGCCACGUGCGCCUCCAUCUGGAAGUAGUGACACAUGGCCAGCAGGUACAGCAGGCCGCUGUAGGACUGGCUGCCGUCCACCUUGUGCUUCUUCUGCGGGGGACCCUCGGAUGCGGCCGCGUCCGCGGCCGCGGCCGCUUCCUGCGCGGCAUCCCCUGCCUGUGUGUCGUCGGUGGGCACGUGGAGGGCACCAGGCAGGUCCUGACACCACCACACGCAUCACACAGGGGUGGUGCCCGUGUGAUACAUACAUACCUUCAUGGCAGCUAUUUGCGUCUUGAGCACCUGACGUGAAUGAUCGAAUGGAGGAAGCAAACGACGCACGUGUGCAUCAGCGAGAAUAGAAGACAGCAGCUGGCACCUGCCGCUUCCCACCUCUGGAUUGCCCACUUCUCCCAUUUCGAGCAACAAGCCCAUGUGUUUGAAGGUCUCAGGAUGGAUGUCGGGCACCUCGACGGACUGUGUGGAGCUCUCGGCAAACCCCUCACCGUCCAGCGCGACAGCAAAGUAAGGCGAACGCUUGACCAGAAGAUCCUGACGCGUACACAAACCAACCAACCAACCGAAAGGCGCACAUGGAGGCCCACUCCGCCCCUUUCCGUCCAUCCAUCCAUCUUUCCUCCCUCCUCACCUUUUUCUCAUGGAAGGUCUUCUGUGCAUCGCCCGACCCGACGACUAUCUUCACCAGCGAGGCCUCAGCCAUCAUGCGCAACGCUCACCAAGAGGCGCUCUCCACCGCUAUUUCUCAAUCGAACUCGCUAUUUUCUCAUCUGCCACGGUCCUGCAGCGCUACAGAAGGGCCCUCAUGGGCUGGAAAGGGCUCUUCC